CCUUGUUCAUUGCAGAUGUUGCUGUGGUAGACAUGAGUGAUGUCUCCAGACAGCCUUCCCUCUUCUACCAUCUUGGAGUCCGAGAAAGCUUUGACAUGGCCAAUAAUGUGAUCUUGUACCAUGACACCGAUGCCGACACUGCUCUCUCUUUGAAGGACAUGGUAACUCAAAAAAACACAGCAUCCAGUGGAAAUUAUUAUUUCAUCCCAUACAUCGUGACACCGUGUGCUGAUUAUUUUUGCUGCGAGAGUGAUGCCCAGAGACGAGCCUCCGAGUACAUGCAGCCCAACUGGGACAACAUCCUGGGCCCGCUGUGCAUGCCUUUGGUGGACAGGUUCAUUAGCCUCCUUAAGGACAUGCACGUGACCUCAUGUGUUUAUUACAAAGAAACCUUGUUAAAUGACAUCCGGAAAGCCAGAGAGAAGUACCAAGGUGAGGAACUGGCGAAGGAGCUGGCUCGGAUCAAGCUCCGCAUGGAUAAUACUGAGGUUCUGACCUCAGACAUCAUCAUUAACUUACUCCUGUCCUACCGUGAUAUCCAGGACUAUGAUGCGAUGGUGAAGCUGGUAGAAACACUGGAGAUGCUGCCUACGUGUGAUUUGGCCGAUCAGCAUAACAUCAAAUUCCACUAUGCGUUUGCACUGAAUAGGAGAAACAGCACAGGUGACCGUGAGAAGGCUCUGCAGAUCAUGCUCCAGGUUCUGCAGAGCUGUGAUCACCCAGGCCCCGACAUGUUCUGCCUGUGUGGGAGGAUCUACAAGGACAUCUUCUUGGAUUCAGACUGCAAAGAUGACACCAGCCGAGACAGCGCCAUUGAGUGGUAUCGCAAAGGGUUUGAACUCCAGUCAUCUCUCUAUUCGGGAAUUAAUCUUGCAGUUUUGCUGAUAGUUGCUGGACAACAAUUUGAAACUUCCUUGGAACUAAGGAAAAUAGGUGUCCGGCUGAACAGUUUGUUGGGAAGAAAAGGGAGUUUGGAGAAAAUGAACAAUUACUGGGAUGUGGGUCAGUUCUUCAGCGUCAGCAUGCUGGCCAGUGAUGUCGGGAAAGCCGUCCAGGCAGCAGAGAGGUUGUUCAAACUGAAACCUCCAGUCUGGUACCUGCGAUCACUAGUUCAGAACUUGUUACUAAUUCGGCGCUUCAAGAAACCCAUUAUUGAACACUCACCCAGGCAAGAGCGGCUGAACUUCUGGUUAGAUAUAAUUUUUGAGGCAACAAAUGAAGUCACUAAUGGACUCAGAUUUCCGGUUCUGGUGAUAGAGCCAACCAAAGUGUACCAGCCUUCUUACGUUUCCAUAAACAAUGAAGCCGAGGAGAGAACGGUUUCUUUAUGGCAUGUCUCACCCACAGAAAUGAAACAAAUGCACGAAUGGAAUUUUACAGCCUCUUCCAUAAAGGGAAUAAGUCUAUCAAAGUUUGAUGAACGGUGUUGUUUUCUUUAUGUCCAUGAUAAUUCUGAUGACUUUCAAAUCUACUUUUCCACCGAAGAGCAGUGCAGUAGAUUUUUCUCUUUGGUCAAAGAGAUGAUAACCAAUACAGCAGGCAGUACAGUGGAGCUGGAGGGAGAGACUGAUGGAGACACCUUGGAGUAUGAGUAUGACCAUGAUGCAAAUGGUGAGAGAGUUGUCUUGGGGAAAGGCACGUAUGGGAUUGUGUAUGCUGGCCGAGAUCUGAGCAAUCAAGUGCGAAUAGCCAUCAAAGAAAUUCCGGAGAGAGAUAGCAGGUAUUCCCAGCCACUGCAUGAGGAGAUAGCCCUGCACAAGUACCUUAAGCACCGCAAUAUCGUUCAGUACCUGGGCUCUGUGUCAGAGAAUGGCUACAUUAAGAUAUUUAUGGAGCAGGUGCCUGGAGGAAGCCUUUCGGCUCUUCUGCGAUCCAAAUGGGGGCCGAUGAAGGAACCGACGAUCAAGUUUUACACCAAACAGAUCCUGGAGGGCCUUAAGUAUCUCCAUGAAAACCAGAUCGUGCACAGAGACAUAAAGGGCGAUAAUGUUCUGGUGAACACCUACAGUGGAGUGGUGAAAAUCUCCGAUUUUGGGACCUCAAAACGUCUUGCGGGUGUGAACCCCUGCACAGAGACUUUUACUGGCACCCUGCAGUACAUGGCACCUGAGAUAAUUGACCAAGGGCCUCGUGGGUAUGGUGCCCCAGCCGAUAUCUGGUCGCUGGGCUGCACCAUCAUCGAGAUGGCCACCAGCAAGCCUCCGUUCCAUGAGCUCGGUGAGCCGCAGGCAGCGAUGUUCAAAGUGGGCAUGUUUAAGAUCCACCCUGAGAUUCCAGAAGCUCUUUCAGCUGAAGCCCGAGCCUUCAUUUUAUCCUGUUUCGAGCCUGACCCCCACAAACGUGCCACCACCGCUGAGCUACUGAGAGAGGGUUUCUUAAGGCAGGUGAACAAGGGCAAGAAGAACCGAAUUGCCUUCAAGCCCUCAGAAGGUCCCCGGGGUGUCGUCCUGGCCCUGCCCACACAGGGGGAGCCCAUGGCCACCAGCAGCAGUGAGCACAGCUCCGUCUCCCCGGACUCCGACGCCCAGCCUGACGCACUCUUUGAGAGGACCCGGGCGCCCAGGCAUCACCUUGGCCACCUUCUCAGUGUUCCAGACGAAAGCUCAGCCUUGGAAGACCGCGGCUUGGCCUCAUCCCCGGAGGACAGGGACCCAGGCCUCUUCCUGCUGCGCAAGGACAGUGAGCGCCGCGCCAUCCUGUACAAAAUCCUCUGGGAGGAGCAGAACCAGGUGGUUUCCAACCUGCAGGAGUGCGUGGCCCAGAGUUCCGAAGAGUUGCAUCUCUCAGUUGGCCACAUCAAGCAAAUCAUUGGGAUCCUGAGGGACUUCAUCCGCUCCCCGGAGCACCGGGUGAUGGCGACCACAAUCUCAAAGCUCAAGGUGGACCUGGACUUUGACAGCUCGUCCAUCAGUCAGAUUCACCUGGUGCUGUUCGGAUUUCAGGAUGCCGUAAAUAAAAUUUUGAGGAACCACUUAAUUAGGCCCCACUGGAUGUUCGCGAUGGACAACAUCAUCCGCCGAGCGGUGCAGGCCGCGGUCACCAUUCUCAUCCCAGAGCUCCAAGCCCACUUUGAGCCUACCUGUGAGACUGAAGGGGUAGAUAAGGACAUGGAUGAAGCGGAAGAGGGCUAUCCCCCAGUGGCCAGACCUGGCCAGGAGGCCCAGCCCCACCAGCAGCACCUGAGCCUCCAGCUGGGUGAGCUCAGGCAGGAGACCAACAGACUUUUGGAACACCUAGUUGAAAAAGAGAGAGAGUACCAGAAUCUUCUGCGGCAAACUCUAGAACAGAAAACUCAAGAAUUGUAUCACCUUCAGUUAAAAUUAAAAUCAAAUUGUAUUACAGAGAACCCAGCAGGGCCCUAUGGGCAGAGAACAGAUAAAGAGCUUAUAGACUGGUUGCGGCUGCAAGGAGCCGAUGCAAAGACAAUUGAAAAGAUUGUUGAAGAGGGUUAUACACUUUCUGAUAUUCUUAAUGAGAUCACUAAGGAAGAUCUAAGAUACCUUCGACUACGGGGUGGUCUCCUCUGCAGGCUCUGGAGUGCAGUCUCCCAGUACAGAAGGGCUCAGGAGGCCUCAGAAACCAAAGAUGAGGCUUGAUACCAAUCAGCUAAGCUGGAGCAGAGUGUGCCACCAUGCUACAUGUUUUGUUAAAGCUUCUGUUAGUGUACACACGAAUUCUGCUGUUUACGUAUUUAAAAAUGCCAUUGUUCAAUUAAUAGUUUAAGAACUUAAGUUUUAAACACUGUCCUGAGUUUCUUUUGAAACCUAUUAUUUAUAAACAUAGAACUGUGUGUAUUGUGAAAACAGUGAGCCUUAGUUUUGACCUCCCGGAAUAUUAGGAAAUUCACCUGUAGUCCCAGCUACUAGGGAGGCUGAGGUGGGAGGAUUGCUUGAGCCCAGGAGAUGGAGGCUGCAGUGAGCUGUGAUCAUGCCACUGCACUCCAGCCUGGGCAACAGAGCCAGACCCUGUCUCAAAAAAAAAAAAAAAGUACACCCUUUAGCACUUGCUGGAAUGGUGAAACAAGGGGUGUUUAACAUGGAAGCUGGGACACUGCUUCAGAACUGGUAUGGUACUUAAAUUUGAUACGAAUGUGCCUUGUAGUUAAUGUUUGAUAUGAACAGAAAAUAGCUUCAUAUUUAUACUGAAUGUGUAAGUAGAGAAAACUAAGUUAUGUGGCCUUUGAAAUGAUUGUGAAAGAAAGAGUCUUAUUUUAAAAUGGAACUGUCCUCCUGCCUGAUAAUAAAUAUUGUGUCUU